AAUACUCCUCGAUUGUGUAGCCAGUCGAUUCGUAUUAUAGGAACCUUAAAUAUUGGCCACGCGGCAGAGUCAGGUGGCAUUUUGACUUGCUUCCUCCAUUGGCGCUGCCGACUUGAUAUAACGCCCAAUUCUCACUUUACUCGCGUAUCUACACUCUCUCGUUUCCAAAUAUUUAGUCGACUUUGGAUACUAGAUAAUAAAGUGCCUGGUUUCGUUACUACCUAGCUGCUACCAUGUCUAACCCUCAAGGAGACGACGGUCCACCGUUAUUACGGCCCAUUCCUCGCCGACCUUUCAACCUAAUUCCCAGAGAGCCGACACCCCCGAACGACGACUUGCCCGCCCCUAUACCCUCCGCCGGUUCGGGACACGUCCCAUUAUUAAACCUUGAGUCGCUUAACUCUCGACUACUCAGCAUGAGGAACACAGGCUUCACCUCCGAAUCUACCACAAUUAGCCGCACGGAUUCCGCACUUAACCUAACGGGCUCGACGUUAGCGGGCAUCUACUCGCCUUCCAUAUGGGGGAAGGAUAAAUUCUAUAUGGGACCCGACGAGCCGGGUACGCCCUGGGGAACAGGCGCUGAGACGCCCGCGAAAAACCUAAGCAUGGACGAGCCGAACUACGAAAUACAGAAGGAGAGAGCCCAACCGGCGCGGAGGCAGUCCUCUUUACGCCCAGUAGUACGCCCGCAGCCGCUAUCUACCUUACAACGCGUAUUCUAUCACGGCUCGCGCAGCCUGCUCCUGACCGGUCUAGGUGUUCUCUAUGGGAUACUGGCUGUUCAGUUGCGAGAUAGGCAAAUAGCUGCAGGCGCGCUUGAAGCGCAUAACCUGCUCCGGAGUAGUGAUGGAAGUUACGAUUGGAGGUAUAUGGCAUUCUCGGGCGUAUGUGGAAUCGUAAUGGGUAGUUUACUACCCUGGUUUGACGGCGUCUGGGAACGAAUCUUCGGAAGUGACGAUGUCGUGGUUGAAUCCCCAGUAGAGCAAAGUGUAGAAGAUGAAGCAAUUAAAGAGCCUGCCUCUUUCACGGACUGGGCGCUUGCGAUUAGAGGCAUUGGUGCUUUUGUCGGCAUCGCCUUUGCUAUCAGAAAACUUCCAUGGAGCUCAACUCUUCAAGUUUCGCUCGCGUUUGCUCUCGUGAACCCGGUACUCUGGUAUAUACUGGACCGAUCCAUGUCCGGUCUAGUGCUGUCGAUCUCCGUAGGACUAGCCGGGUCUGCGAUGUUACUGGGACUGAGGCCGGAGGUAGUACCGUCGCCGGCAGCUCCGUCGACACCUGCUUACGAGGCGUACGGCCCCGAGUACGGUAAUGCGACGAACGGCAAUGCUACCGAUUUUGAUCAGCAGCAACAGCUGGCGACAGUCGGCGGGGUGAGUCAGGAGACUAUUGCUAUGGGCAUUUGGUUGUGGAGCGUCCUAUUCUGCUGCAGCAUAUGUUUUGGCAACAUUGGACGUUGGCUCGCGAUCAGACGUGGUGCCACAACGAAAGGACGAUGGGCUCAGCGGCAAUAAUGGCUGACGAAAAGAUGGUAGAUAUAGUUGAGAGAUAUUACUCAUAUUACCUUAUCUAGCAACUGGCAAGCGGUAAUAAGGUACAGCUACAAAAAGAAAGAACAGA